AUGGCCACCGACGAGUCGCAGUCUCCUGAAGCGACAUGCAGCGAAGCCGAAGCUACGCCGUCGCCUGCGACUCCCGUCGCCAACGGAACCAGCCACCCCAACGGGAACAGCAACAGCAGCAGCAGUAGUAGUAAUAACAAUAGUAACAACAGCAGCAAAAAAGAGAAACCGGCAACUAAAGCAACCGCCGCGAAUGGAGCUGCGGCAGGAACGAGUCCAGUUUAUCACACUCCCGGCUCUAAUAUGAAACUCAUCAAACUCGUUCGGAAGGAACCGUGCCUUUGGGAUCCUCGUCACUUACAGUACAGGGAUUCAGCUAGGAAAGAUAAAUGUUGGGAAGAGAUAGCCCGUCAAGUCGCCAUGGAAAUCGGACAUGCGAGGCAACGCUGGAAGAGUCUGAGGGACACAUUUACCAAGAAAGUUCGCAAGAUUGCCAUAAUUGAAGCUGCUGGAGGAUACACCGGGAGCGGGGAGGACCCAUGCCAGUGGAAGUAUUUUCAGCAGCUGAAGUUUCUUGAAAAUGUCAUCCAUACUCAGAGGCCGCGCCUACAGCCCGCAAAUGGCAGCGGACAAACCCAGCCUGUGAAAAACGCCCUGGCUCUCUCGAACCUCACCGUUUCCAUCAAUCCCCUCGACUGCGACGAAGACGACGAAGAAGACCUCGGGCCGCAGCGAUCGUGGCCACUCAACGACGAACGAGAGCUCAUCCACUACAUGAGAGACUACCCUCUGUUGUGGAACCGCAAAGACCCCAGCUUCAAAAACGACGCGUCGAGAGACAUGGCAAUCAUCCAGAUACACACGAACUUCCAAGAGCGAUAUACCUGGUCUGAGAUCCAGAACAAGAUCAACGUACUAGUCAAGAAAUAUCACGAAGGAGACAACUCCUGGAUGCACCAAGAAGCCCUCUCCUAUAUCACCAACUGCAGCAACGGCGUCAAAUCUGAACCUAUAGACAGUGAUGAGUGUUCGGCGGACUGCAACUCUUUGAUGCCGCAAAUCGAGAUGGAAGAAGGUGAGGAGGUGAAAUCGGUAACCGUCUCGACAACGACCAACGCGGACGGCUGUCCCACGGUCAAAGUGAUAUCCACGUCAGUGGCACCGGCAGUGUCGCCACUGCCCCAAAAAGCGGCACAUCCGACGCAGGCAACGGCGUUCACCAUUCAAGGUCUACAGAGUUCACUUCAGAACGGCCAGACGGAUGCUUCAGGGAACCAAUCAGCGCCGAUAAAAAUCAUCACAGUUGCGCCGAACAGCGCACAAAAUUUCGCUUUGGGUGGAGCCGCGUCGAACGGAGGCACCAUCCUCAUUCCUUCCGGCGGCCAGGGCAUCUUGCAAAUGCUCCAGGCAUCGAAAUCCUCGGCGCAAUGCUUACAAGACAGCAUGGCAUCGACGACCGAGCGGCGGAUCGAGUCGUUCACAUCUUGGAUCAAGGCCUACCUCGGCACAGUAGAGACGGACGACCUAGACAAGAUCGAGCUUGAAAUUCACGAGUUGAUGGUGAGACACACGAAGCGAAGUAAAGACAGAAAAUCGAAGAGCAGAACGCCUCGGCAGCCCAGUAAAAAGCCGCAUCUUGAAAAUGGACUCACACAAGAGGCCCAUCUCGAAAAUGGGGUCGCAACCCAAGAGCCGCGUGGUGUAUCGGUUCUGGAUAAGCAAAGUGUCUUGGUUAGCAAAGUAGCCGUCGACGGAAUUUCAUCCGAAACACCGAUCGAAUCGUGAAAGAGUCCGCCCCUCGACCCGACCGCU